AGGGAAGUGAAUUUGUUCCAAUGGAAGACCUUUCACUUCCGACCGACGCGAAGCCGCACUCCCUUUCAUCGAACAAGAGAACGGGCCGACCCGACCCAUUUGUUAUCCAGCCAAGAGCCAAGCACACCCACACCGCCAUACUGCUUCACGGACUUGGGAAUGGUGGUGAGAAGUUCGGGGUUGAGUUCCUGGAGUCCGCCAUCUCAUCUACUGGGGCCGGCCUUGCGGACUCCCUCCCUGGAAUGAAAUUCGUCUUCCCAACAGCACAAAAAUGUCGGUCCACCGCUUUUAGACGAGCACUGAUAAACCAAUGGUUCAACCUCGCCUCUCUGGAAGAUCCCGUGGAACGUACCGAUCUGCAAGUAAAUGGCCUAGGCGAAUCGGCUAGAUAUGUUCGGUCCAUCCUAAGUCAAGAGGUGGAGAUUGUACCGCCUCAAAACAUCAUCCUAGGCGGCACCGAAGACGGCGAAACAGAGACUAGUCUUGUCACAUUUUGCGAUGAUGAAGAUGAAGGGAAUAAUGAUGCAUUCCUUCAGGCGGUUGGUUUGGCAAGAGAUGUUCUAUCCAUGGAAGAAACCAACCCUACCAGCAUGGCUCGCAACCAUACAUGUUUGGGAACGCCUAUCUUUCUAGGUCAUGGCGAAAAGGACGAAAAGAUAAAUUACAAGUUUGGAGAAGGAGCCGCGAAGACUCUCGCUUCCCUUGGCCUUGAUAUUGCAUGGAAAUGUUAUCCGGAACUAGGCCAUUGGUAUGGAGUCCCAGAUGAGAUCGACGACAUCUUGGGAUUCUUACAGACACGCUGGCCUUGGGCGAAAUCAAUGAAUGACAGCUUCUCUAUUAUUACCUCUCUAUUAGUAUAUCUCUAA